UGAGCAUAUAAACCAGGUCUGCAGGUGAAGGCUAUCAUCGACAGAAUCACUCAGCAACCAUGAGGUCUCUGGUAUUCGUUCUGCUCAUCGGAGCUGCCUUUGCGACGGAGGAGGACAAGAUCGUCGGAGGGAAGGAGUGCACUCCUUACUCCCAGGCCCAUCAGGUGUCUCUGAACUCUGGCUACCACUUCUGUGGAGGCUCCCUGGUCAGCGCGGACUGGGUGGUGUCUGCCGCUCACUGCUACAAGACCCGUGUGGAGGUUCAGUUGGGAGAGCACAACCUUAGAGUCACCGAGGGAAACGAGCAGUUCAUCAGCUCCUCCCGUGUCAUCCGUCACCCCAACUACAACUCCUACAACAUCGACAAUGACAUCAUGCUGAUCAAGCUGAGCAAGCCCGCUACCCUCAACCAGUACGUGAAGCCUGUGGCUCUGCCCAGAAGCUGUGCCACCGCUGGCACCAUGUGCACCGUCUCCGGCUGGGGCAACACCAUGAGCUCCAGUGAGAAAGACCUGCAUUUUAACAGCUGGAGUUACGCUAUGUUUUUGUUUUCAUUUGUGCUAUUCUAACCCUUUUCCACCCUCUUUGUUUGAUGUGUUACAGCCGCUGACAGCAACAAACUGCAGUGCCUGAACAUCCCCAUCCUGUCCGACAGGGACUGUGAUAACUCUUACCCCGGCAUGAUCACUGAUGCCAUGUUCUGCGCUGGAUACCUGGAGGGAGGCAAGGACUCUUGCCAGGGAGACUCUGGUGGACCCGUCGUGUGCAACGGUGAGCUGCAGGGUGUUGUGUCCUGGGGCUACGGAUGUGCUGAGAGGGACAACCCCGGUGUCUACGCCAAGGUCUGCCUCUUCAACAAUUGGCUGGAGACCACCAUGGCCAGCUAUUAUAUAGAGGGGACCUGUGUACGCAAUCUCACCAGAGAAACACAAGCCAACUUUAUGAGGUCUGCAGGUGAAGGCUAUCAUCGACAGAAUCACACAGCAACCAUGAUGUCUCUGGUCUUCAUUCUGCUCAUCGGAGCUGCCUUUGCCACGGAGGAGGACAAGAUCGUCGGAGGGAAGGAGUGCACUCCCUACUCCAUGCCCCAUCAGGUGUCUCUGAACUCUGGCUACCACUUCUGUGGAGGCUCCCUGGUCAACGAGAACUGGGUGGUGUCUGCUGCUCACUGCUACAAGUCCCGCGUGGAGGUUCGUAUGGGAGAGCACCACAUCAGGGUCACCGAGGGAAACGAGCAGUUCAUCAGCUCCUCCCGUGUCAUCCGUCACCCCAACUACAGCUCCUCCAACAUCGACAAUGACAUCAUGCUGAUCAAGCUGAGCAAGCCCGCCACCCUCAACCAGUACGUGAAGCCUGUGGCUCUGCCCAGAAGCUGUGCCCCCGCUGGCACCAUGUGCACCGUCUCCGGCUGGGGAAGCACCCAGAGCUCCACUGCUGACGGCAACAAGCUGCAGUGCCUGAACAUCCCCAUCCUGUCCGACAGGGACUGUGAUAACUCUUACCCCGGCAUGAUCACUGAUGCCAUGUUCUGCGCUGGAUACCUGGAGGGAGGCAAGGACUCUUGCCAGGGAGACUCUGGUGGACCCGUCGUGUGCAACGGUGAGCUGCAGGGUGUUGUGUCCUGGGGCUACGGAUGUGCUCAGAAGGACAACCCCGGUGUCUACGCCAAGGUCUGCCUCUUCAACGAUUGGCUGGAGACAACAAUGGCCAACUAUUAAGUCUGAUUCUACGAUCACCAUCUUAGUCUUCUGCCUUUCUUCCAUCAUUCUAACUCCACUGUUGUUGUUGAGUUUGGAAUAAUGUGCAAUCUGAGUCAAUAAAGUCCUACACCUUGACUUUUAAA